AUGGACUUUCCGACCAACGUGGCGGAGUUUGAUAACGACCCGCGCAUCUCGUUCUCGAAGCUAGACAACAGCUUCUUACUCGAGACAAGUGAUGGUCGCGAGUUUCUGUUUAAUAAUAUCCUAAAGAGAUGGGUCGAAGCGAUCGACGAAGCGCUCAUCCGCAAGCAGCAAGGGUACGGAUCCGACGACGGGGAUUCUGAGAUCGUUCAUCCACGCGAUCGCAAGAAGCGAAAGAACUCGCAUGACGAGACCAAUGAGCCCAAGAUCAAGAAACCUCGUGUGAACACCGCUGUGUGGGUGACCAAGAUCCCCACCGACGCCUCGCUAUCGGAAAUCCAAGAGCUGUUUGUGAAGUAUGGAAUCCUUGCGGAGGAACUUGACACUGGAAAGCCGCGGAUUAAGAUGUACACCGACGAGAGUGGCAAUUUCAAUGGCGAGGCUUUGGUCGUGUACUUCCGGCCAGAGUCAGUCAACCUCGCGAUUCAGUGUCUGGACGAGACAGACUUCCGAAUGGGUGCCCCCAACCCUUCUGGACCAAUGCGUGUGCAGGCGGCCGACUUUUCGUACAAGCGUGAACAAGAUGUGCAGCCAAAGGUCACCAUGAGCAUGAAGGAAAAGAAGAAGCUCAAGGAGCGAGCGGAGCGAUUGAAUAAGAAACUUUCCGACUGGGGAGAUGAUGAAGCCGAGGAAACCAUGAAGGCGAUGAAGGCUACUGAGGAAGCGCGGCGACAUGUGAUUCUGAAACACAUGUUUACACUGAAGGAAUUGGAGGAAGAUCCGCUCGCCAGUAUUGAGAUUCAGCAGGACAUCGACAGCGAGUGCUCUAAGAUUGGCGAGGUGACCAAAGUGGUGGUCUGGGAUGGUGAGAGUGAAGGUGUCGUUACUGUCCGAUUUUUGUCCUCAGCUGAUGCACGUCGCUGUGUUCAGAUCAUGAAUGGACGCUUUUUUGCAGGCAAUACUGUUGUUUCCUACAUCUGGGAUGGCGAAGAGAAAUUCAAGAAGUACAACUCUCGACGAGACGCUGAGGGCAAGAUGGUGAACCCUCUGGAUGCAGACAAUGAAGAGAAUGAGCGCCUUGAGCGGUACGGAGACUGGCUGGAAAGCGCCGCAAACCAGACCGACAAGACCGAGAAGAACAAGACCGAAGAUGACAAGACCAGCAAGGAUAGCAUCGAUAACGACAAUGCUGGCAAGGACGAGACCGACAAGAGCCAGGAAACUGGCAACAACUAG